AUGGGGCUGGGCGCGAUGUCCGCGGCGGCGGAGGCGCAGCUGGCCUGGCUGGGCGGCGUGCUGGGCACCUCGGACCACGCGUCCGUCGUCUCCAUCAACCUCUUCGUGGCGCUGCUCUGCGCCUGCAUCGUCCUCGGCCACCUCCUCGAGGAGAACCGCUGGGUCAACGAGUCCAUCACCGCGCUCAUCAUCGGGCUGUGCACCGGCGUGGUGAUCUUGCUGACGACCAAGGGGAAGAGCUCGCACGUGCUCGUCUUCAGCGAGGACCUCUUCUUCAUAUACCUCCUCCCUCCCAUCAUCUUCAACGCCGGUUUCCAGGUGAAGAAGAAGCAGUUCUUCCGGAAUUUCAUGACAAUCACAUUAUUUGGUGCUGUUGGGACAAUGAUUUCCUUUUUUACGAUAUCACUCGCUGCCAUUGCAAUAUUCAGCAAAAUGAAUAUUGGGACGCUGGAUGUAGGAGAUUUUCUUGCAAUUGGAGCUAUCUUUUCAGCGACAGAUUCUGUCUGCACUUUGCAGGUUCUCAAUCAGGAUGAGACCCCCUUUUUGUACAGUCUAGUAUUCGGUGAAGGUGUUGUGAACGACGCCACAUCAGUUGUGCUUUUCAAUGCGCUCCAGAACUUCGAUCUUAACCAGAUUGAUGCAAUGGUUGUUCUGAAGUUCCUGGGGAACUUCUUGUACUUAUUUGUGUCAAGUACCUUCCUUGGAGUGUUUGCUGGAUUGCUUAGUGCAUAUGUUAUCAAGAAGUUAUACAUAGGAAGGCAUUCUACUGACCGCGAGGUUGCGCUUAUGAUGCUCAUGGCCUACCUCUCGUAUAUGCUGGCUGAGUUGCUAGAGUUAAGUGGUAUUCUCACCGUAUUCUUCUGCGGUAUUGUGAUGUCACAUUACACUUGGCAUAAUGUGACAGAGAGCUCAAGAGUUACCACCAAGCAUGCAUUUGCGACCUUAUCCUUCAUUGCCGAGACUUUUCUCUUCCUCUAUGUUGGGAUGGAUGCAUUGGAUAUUGAGAAGUGGAAAUUUGCUAGUGACAGCCCUGGUAAAUCGAUCGGGGUAAGCUCAAUUUUGCUAGGACUGGUUCUGCUUGGAAGAGCUGCUUUUGUUUUCCCGCUCUCAUUCUUGUCCAACUUAACAAAGAAGACGCAUCUCGAAAAAAUAAGCUGGAGGCAGCAAAUCGUAAUAUGGUGGGCUGGGCUGAUGAGAGGGGCUGUGUCAAUCGCUCUUGCUUACAAUAAGUUUACAAGGUCUGGCCACACUCAGCUACACGGCAAUGCGAUAAUGAUCACAAGCACCAUAACUGUUGUGCUGUUUAGCACCAUGCUGUUUGGGAUGAUGACAAAGCCUCUGAUCCGGUUUCUGCUGCCCGCGUCGAGCAACAGUGCCGUCUCCGAGCCAUCCUCGCCAAAGUCCCUACACUCUCCUCUCCUCACAAGCAUGCAAGGUUCGGACCUGGAGGCAACCGUCCCCAUGGUGAGGCCCUCCAGCCUCAGGAUGCUCCUCACCAAGCCAACACACACCGUCCACUUCUACUGGCGCAAGUUUGACGACGCGCUGAUGCGGCCGAUGUUCGGGGGGCGCGGUUUCGUGCCCUAUGCCCCCGGAUCGCCCACCGAGCAGAGCGUACAUGUCGAACGAUGAACGUCGGUUCAGAAGAGGGCAAGUAUUCAGUACGUACAGUUUGUCUACUGAUGAUCAUGGUCAUAUGUUCAGAGAUUCAGAAAGGCUGAAAGAAGGGUCCUUCUGAUCAUGGUUCAGAUGAACAGUUUGGUCUUGGGACCGACAGGAAGAUGAACCCUAGCAAUGACGAUGAGCCUGUAAAUUUUUGUAGAUUGACAAAGCCACCUGUAUCUUAUGAUCUCUAGCAAGCAGCUUGUUGCUUGCUCCUUUGUUAGAGAUCUGACCUUCGGCGUGUACUCUUUAUGUCUUCCCCCCCCUUUCUGAAUGGAUUGGUGGGCAGUGAGUGAUAAUUUUGUGGUCUGGUUGCCACUAAGAACUCAAUAAUAAUGUCAGUCAAGUUCUCUGUCUGUAAUUACCUAUGGUGAAUUACCUCU